AAGACUUAAAGAAUGAAUCAAAGAAUUUCUUCAGACAUGUGAAUUUUCGAAAUGCCAAGGAAGCCUUAGUGGUACUUUUCCGAAGUGUCACUGGUGAAGAUUGGAAUGAUAUUAUGCAUGACUGCAUGCGCAGUCCACCAUUAUGCUAUUGGAAGAAAGGUGUCAGUUACUGGCAAACUGAUUGUGGCAAUUACUUUGGUGCAAUUAUUUACUUCUGCUCUUUCUAUCUCAUUAUUACCUACAUCGUUCUCAAUCUUCUUGUUGCUGUGAUCAUUGAGAAUUUCUCGUUGUUUUAUUCAAGCGAAGAAGAUGCUCUUCUCAGCUACGCAGAUAUUCGUAAUUUUCAGCAAGUUUGGAAUAUGGUAGAUGUAGAACAGAAACGCACAAUACCGGUACGUCGAGUGAAAUUUUUACUGCGUUUAUUGAAAGGUCGAUUAGAAGUUGAUCCAAAUCGAGAUCGUCUGCUGUUUAAGUAUAUGUGUCAUGAAAUGGUUCGACUGCAUAAUGGUGAUGACAUCUCUUUUCAUGAUGUUCUGAAUAUGCUAUCGUACCGUAGUGUGGAUAUACGAAAAUCUUUACAACUUGAGGAAUUGCUACAUCGGGAAGAAUUGGAAUAUAUCAUUGAAGAGGAAGUGGCAAAGCAGACGAUACGUACAUGGAUGGAAGGCUGUCUACGACGAAUCAAAACACAGCAAAAUAAGGAUAUUCCAUUGAUUGCUCAUCUGCGACCAUUUCCAAACGAACAGCAUAGUAUGUCUUCGAUGUUACAACUAAAUCAGAUUUCAAAUCAGGUAAAUGCACCAAGUAAUCUUCAGCAAGAUCAAUCACAACAAAUUGGUGAAUCAAUUGAUAAUGAAGAGGAGGAAUUGAUCAAAUAUAAACCGACUAAAAGAUCACGAAGGAGUAGUAUCCCAGAGCUUGUUGGUGAGGCUGCAAAAAAGUUCAUUUUUACCGGAAGUUCCAGCACUCGACUACGAGGAGUAUAUAGCGCCCAAUCGGUAGAUCGUGAGGAAAAAGGCAUGAAAUCUUUACUGAGCGCUGAACGAACUAUACCAAUCACUCGCGAUGAUAGGAAGUCAAUCAAAGGUGUUCAAGUUAAUUUACCAUCCAGCGAACUACCUGAUGUUGAAGAGUGGAAUGAAGAGAAUGUCAAUAAUGAUGUGGGAGAUUUUGCCGAUCGGAGAUAUUCUGCAGAAUCUGCCUUUCUCGCUGUUAAUGAAUUCAAUAACGAUGUGGUUUCAUUCACCGGUAAACUUGCCAAUUCUCCCUUUACAUGGGUAUCUUCCUCAGAUGGUGAAGAAGACGCUCAUGUAAAAGAGUGGUGGUCCAAAUUCAACAUUCUCAUCCUCAGCUAG